AUGAGAGUAAAUGCCGCAAUCCAUCUUCCAAAGCUCCCAAGACUCAAUGUUUCAAUGCCAAAGAUUCCCAUCACUACCAGAAACCUGGUUGAUGGGUUAACAUUUGCCGACUCAGUCCCUUUACUUGGAAACAAUGUCACCGGCACACAGUUAGGCGAUGAUCCAUCCAAUUCUACACCCUCCACCAUCAACAUGAUCACUCUCACUACUACCACAUUGGUUGGUGUUGCAGCCACAAGUGGUGAAGGAGGACCCAAUUUGGCUCUUAAAAUAUCAUCCACUCUCUUGUUUUCUGCGGCCACUGGGAUGUCACUUUUGCUUAGCAAGAUCCAGCCCUCACACCUCGCUGAGUAG